GAGAGUCAAGUGUGUAUAAAGGUGAAAUAAUAGCUUAAACAAAUCAAUGUCAACUCGUGAUCGCUGGGAAAAAGCAAAUGGAAAAUGGCAAACUGAAAAAUGGUAAAUGGAAAAUGGCUAACAAGAGGCGUCGUGGAAAAUAUGAUCGUUGGCCCAUGUUGUCAGCUCUUAACGGCGGAGCAAAUCCUCUUUGAGUCGCGGCCGGCAGCCUUUGAAGCCAGAAAAAUGGAACCAAGUGUCACUGGAAGUCAACAGUUUGUGAGACAUGGUUUUUCCUUCACAUUCACAGAUCUCUUGCUAGUGUUUUCGUUGCGGAUUAUGGAUUUGAAGAAAGAAGAAGAGAGAGUGAUCUCUGGGCAGGAAGUGCGCCCUGAAUUGCCGCCAAUUGAGGCCUUUUUAUAA